GUAAGAUUAACCUAAAAUUACUACCGCUACCAAGCUACCAAGAAAUUCAUAUAAUGAUAUCAUUGCAGUUGGAACAAGACAUGGAAAAUUUUAUGGAGUACAAGAUUAUGGGAUCCGUGAAACAUGUCAAAAUGAAAAAAGCAUGUUGGUUGAAGACUACAUGGAACCAACAGCAUCAUCGUCUAAGUCAGAUGUACCAAUACUUCUUACUGAAAAAAAUAAUGAGGACAAAGAAACCCAAGUGCAAACACUGACCACUGACAAGUCAAUCCAGGUGCAAGUAUUAUCACAGGAAAGCAAAUCGAUACAAGCAAAUAUAGUGCCUCAUUACAAAAGUAAAGCUACCCAGUGCACAUUCAAAAUAAGAGACCAAUGUUUGUCACCCAUAAAGACUAGUGUGUCUAUUGCAACGUCACCUCAUAUCAAAGGAAGCCAAAUAAAUAUACCAAGUACAUCAGGAGUCACAACAUCUGCUAAACGCAAACUAUCAGUUAUAUUUGAAGAAAAGUCGGACAGUGAAAUAUCACUUGCUCCAUCACUUUCAAGUGAAUGGCCUACACCAACUAAAUGUAAGACAACGUCUGACAGUAGCUUACUAGAAGAAUUAAAGUUAGAAGACCAAAAGCUAUAUUACUACAACACUUUAUCUAAAAUUAAGAAAAACAGCAGGCUGUAUCUGGGUAUUCCUAAUGGGCUUUAUUUUUUGGUACAUAUAAUAAAGAAACAUACACAUAUAACAGAACAACACAUUUUGUUGUAGUUGUGCCUCAUGAAAAUUAGACUCAACAGAACAUUUUCACAACUGGCCGAUGAUUUUGGGUUGUCAUUGUCACAAACAAGUCAAAUCUUUCUGACUAAGUUACCAUUAAUAAGCAAAGCAUUGUCUCCUUUUAUAAAACCUUUUAGUCCUGUCUCAAUAAAAUGGAACUUACCUAUAGCUUUCCGACAUCGAUUUCACAAAGUUACCUGUAUCAUUGAUUGUUUAGAAAUUCAAAUACAGAAACCAACAAUGGCAGUACGUCAAGCACUGACAUGGUCAGAAUAUAAAAAAGCUGAUACAAUUAAAUAUUUAAUUGCAUGUACACCUGAUGGACUGGUUAGAUUUGUUUCUUCUGGAUAUGGGGGUAGGAUAACGGAUGUUCAGCUAGUAGAGAACUGUAAAUUUUUAGAUAGUUUGGAACCUGGCACUUGUAUUCUAGCAGAUAGAGGGUUCAAACACAUUGAAUUCUAUUUAAAACAAAGAAACUUUUCUUUGGUGUGGCCUCCAAGUGUCAGUAGUGGUUCCAAACUAACAAAAUCUGAAGUGAGGCUAACUAAACAAAUAGCUAGCCUUAGAAUUCACAUAGAGAGAGUGAUACGCAGAAUUCGAGAGUUUGCCAUAUUAAAACCCCAUUCAGUUGUUAACUCUAAUUUAAUUCCUAUUCUUGAUGAGUGUAUUGUAACAGCUUGUGCUCUGAUAAAUAUACAAGAUUCCCUAAUUAAAUAA